AUGGGUUGGCUUUGGGGAAGUAACAAAAAUGACCCCGUUCAGAAGCUCGACCCGGGCCUUCGAGAUUAUCUUAAAUCAGAGACACCGGACAAAUAUGUUCCUGCGCCAGACUUGAAGCAGCCAACCUCUACAAGAACGCCGCCGCCGUCUUCCCAACCUGAGCCAUCAGACCCCUCCCAGCCUCAAGUUCCUGCGCAAUCUCUCUAUCAAGAUGGUCGCUACGCAGAUUUGUGGAAGACUUACAAGCCCCCAGCCAGUGUCGACCAGAGCUCUGGAGUCCGCGGGGCGGAACGAGUGAUUGAGAAAUACAAGGAGCGCGGCAACACAGUGCAACGAGCAGCCAUGGAGAAUUGUGCCCUUGAGCAUGAGGCUCUUACAUUAUGUUUCCAAACUGGAAACUGGCGCAAGCAGCUCGAAUCGAGAUUGACAAUGUGCGCGGCGGAGAAUGGUACAUUUUCACGAUGCUUUACAACCCAAAGUAAAUUCCUUCAAGCCUUAGGUUACGCCUCCUCGUUUAACUAUGAUCCUGAGAAGGAGGAACGGAUCCAAAUGCAUGCGGACAAGCUCUACCACCAGAUGCUGGACUAUGAGGAACGAGUGAAAGAAGCCAAAGCAGCUGGAACUGAGCCCCCACCCAUCGUGUCGCUCUUCCAACCCGAGAAACUACAUAAGGUUCCAAAGCCUACGGAGGACAAGUCUGAUCUCGCCUUUGAUAUUCCAGGGGGCGAAUCAAUCCCAGAGGGCUUCAGGCCAUCCAAGCCCCUACACACACUCACUCCGCAUGAGCGAGAAUUGGAAAUCCGAACCUUCAACUCCCAAAUGGAGCAACAGAAGCUCUACGCGGAAGAGGCCACUCCAUUCAUGAAAUCUCAAACGGAUGCCAGGACAAAACGACAAGAGGUUGCCGUCAGCUGGUUUGGCGAGACACUUGGAAAAUGGCUUUCAUAA